AUGGCCGCCCUGUACAAUCUCGAACCGCAGCCGACAGCCAAGGUGAUCCUGAAUACGACAUCAGGCGAUCUCCAGCUCGAAAUCUUCGCCAAACAAUGUCCACUGGCCGCUCGAAACUUCCUGCAGCACUGUCUGGACGGCUAUUAUACCAACACCAUCUUCCACCGCCUCGUUCCGGGAUUCAUAAUUCAAGGUGGUGAUCCCACAGGCACGGGCUCUGGUGGAAUCAGCGCAAUCAAUAAUGGCGAUGCCUUUGAGGAUGAGGUGCAUUCGCGCCUCAAAUUCAACAGGCGUGGUCUGCUGGGAAUGGCAAAUGAAGGACCGAAUACGUGCGGGAGUCAGUUUUUCUUAACAUUGGGUGCGACACCUGAGCUGCAGGGCAAGAAUACCAUGUUUGGGAGGGUCGAGGGGGACACGAUCUACAACCUCAAUAGGAUGGCAGAUCCAGAGCUGGUGGGUCUGGAAGAAGGGAGUGAGAGGCCACUAUACCCGGCGAGAAUCACUGGAGCGGAGAUACUAGUCAAUCCCUUUGAGGACAUGGUCGCUCGCGUCCAGGAAGCGCCUAGAAGUAAAGAUGAAGGCAAGAAGGAAGUGAAGAAGAGGAAGAAGCCGCUUGGAAAACAGGUCUUGAGCUUUGGAGAUGAUGAGGACGAUGCUGCCCCAGUUGUGAAGAAGGUCAAGGCGAAUCCGAAGCUAGUAGUUGUGGAGGAAGAGGCGCAAGAGAAGCCAACGGCGAAGGCCCCGAAGCAGAAGAAGGAGAAAAUGUCAUCUCCAGAUGCGCAAUCCGGGGAUGUGGUAAAGAGAGGCACAAUGGAGCCAACGAGGAAGCCGAAACAAGCUCAGGAGCAGGAAGACGAGGAAGAAGAAGAGGAGCAGUCUGAAGACGAUUCGGAAGCUAGGAGACAGAAGCAGCUGGAUUCGACGAAUGCUCAGAUAGCAGCUUUGAAGGCAAGCAUGAAGCGUACAGUUGAUACAGGACCCAAACACAAGGAGAGACCAAAGAGUACCCUAGAAUCCAUGAUCCCAUCCACUUCCACACGAGGCAGGAAACGCGGCAAAGCGUCGGACGAGCGAGGCGCAUUAGACCUUUUCAAGCAGUUCAAGUCCCGUCUUGAAGAGCUGCCGGUCGAUGACACGCCCGAAGCCGCUCAUAAUGGGAGUAGUACAGAACCCGGUGCUCAGACCAACGGCCACUCUACGGUGCCGACGACAGGAGACGCGGAGGAUGAUGAAGCAGCUCUUUGCGACCUUCACUUCAUCGCCAACUGCCAAUCGUGUAAAGCGUGGGAUGACGAGCAGCCCGAGGGCGACGCAGAGGACGACGGUGACGAUGAUGUCAGUUGGAUGGCCAAGAAGCUCACAUUUGCCAAAGACACCAAGGGUAAGGACCUCGAGUGGAAACGGAAAAUGGAAGAGAUUGAAGUCAUUGAUCCUCGAGCGAAAGCACAGGAGCUCAGGAUGGAGAGAAGAAAAGGCAAG